GACGACCUGACUGCGCUCUCAAGCGUGCACGAUGCCACCAUGCUCGACACCCUGCGGCGGCGCCAUGCUGCCGACGAGAUCUUCACGUCCAUUGGUCAGGUGGUGAUCAGCGUCAACCCGUUCAAGCCCGUCCCAUCGUGCACUCCCGACUCGAUAGCGCGGCUUAGCCAGCAGGGUGAGGCUGCGCCACCGCACGUUGCCCGAGUGGCAUCGGUCGCGUAUCGCAAAAUGACGGGCGACGACGGGUCGCCGCCUCGUGCGCAAUCGAUUCUCAUCUCUGGCGAAUCCGGCGCCGGUAAGACCGAGGCUUGCAAGCUGUGCCUCAUGGCCCUCGCC